AUAGCAAUUGAUGAACUUAAUCAAUGUUUGUCAAACAUUCAAAGGUUCCCGGAAUUAAAAAUAUUUAAGGAGGGUCUAAAAAACAUUAAAAAGUUUACAGCUGAUAAGUAUCGUAUCUUGAUAAAA